AAAUUAUAAUUAAGUACUAAGUUGAAUAUUUUUACCCAUAUUAUAUAUAUUUUCAUAUUUAUAUUUCGAUAUAGUACUUUUUAAUUUAUGUAUGUACAAUUUUUGGUGUUUAUAGUCAGUAAGAAAGCCUUUGAUUUGAUCAAGACAUUGGCGGUGCUACAGUCCCUUCAAUGUUAUUAGUUUGGCUCUGGUUAUAUCAAAGUAUUAUGUUCAGUAGUGGAUAGUUACUGAAUGAAAUGACAAAAAGAUGAUAUUGAAGCAUUGAAUUGUAUAUGUACGGUAAAGCUACGAUGUUUAUCUGAGAACAAAACCAGAGUAUGAUACCCACCCCGUAAAGAAAAUAAUUCUUAAUUGCAAUAACUAUAUUAACAUUAAAACCUAUAUAAAAGUAUUCUAAUAACAUACUUUAUAUUGCAAUCAGUAAUGAACUAAAAUUAUGAAAUCAAUUAUGCGGGUGGAUAAUCACAUUGAUUUUUCGUUAUCCUCUCAAGACUAAAUGUGUAACCUUUGCACCCUUCGUACUAAAUUCGUUUUAUGGAAUCAUAGGUAGAUAUGUAAGUUAACUUGACAUAAACCGUUGGUAGAUAUUUUAUACCAUAUGUUUUAUACUAACUGAAUCUGGCAAUACUUAUAGCAAUUGUCAGGCUGUCAAUGUCAAAUAAUUUUUAUUGCUGUCAUUAAUGACAACUUCAAUUCAAAAUAGUCGUUUGUCAUUGUCAAACAAAAACACUUUAAAAAUAUUUUUGUGUUUGUUUUGAGCUUUUUUUUAAUUUAAUAAAAAUGUCUGGAGAAGAUUGUGAUGUGGAUCGUGGUGAUAAUGAUGGCCAGAAAUCAGAUAAAAUGUUUACAUUAAAAAAAUGGAAUGCUGUGGCUAUGUGGAGCUGGGAUGUUGAAUGCGAUACUUGCGCUAUUUGCCGAGUUCAAGUUAUGGAUGCGUGUUUACGGUGCCAAGGAGAGAGCAAGAAGGAUUCCUAUGGCAAACAAGACUGUGUGGUAGUAUGGGGCGAGUGCAACCACAGUUUUCACUUCUGUUGUAUGUCACUUUGGGUAAAACAGAAUAACCGCUGUCCACUUUGCCAACAAGAAUGGUCUAUACAGCGCAUGGGCAAAUAAAAUAAACGUCAUCUCUCGGUCUACAAACUUAUAUCGUCGCCUGUAUUUUAAGUAGAAAAUUUUGCUUUCAUUAAAAAACGUUAUUUAAUAUAUACAA